UUCUCUCUUCAGUUCUCUGUGGCUGCCGUAACGAUGAGGUUCCCUGUCCCGGCUCUAGUGCUGCUCCUGUGCGGCCUGCCCCACGCCCUGGGCACGUCCUGCAAACUUCUCCGGCCCACCAACACGGACGGGGCGGAGAUGGGCCUGAUCAUCGUGCCGGGCGCCUACAUCAAGGGCACGGCGUACCAGCCGCUAGCACAGACCAUUCAGGACCUCUCCCCGCACAAACUGUGGGUUGGCCUGACGGACGGGUACGUGACAGAUCUGCCCAACCCGCUGGAGCUGUCCUCCGCCAUCCAGGCGUGUAAACAGGCCAUCGUGCAGGACGGCAUGAAGACUGAUGUGUUCUUCAUCGGCGCACAUUCUCUUGGAGGAACGUUCCUGCAGAUGUACCUGUCUGACAACCCCCGCCAGGCGAAGGGCAUGUUACUGUGGGGGUCGUACCUGACCAGCUCCUACCCCAUGUCGACCUUCCCCGUCCCCGUACUCACACUCAACGGCGAUCUGGACGGUCUGGUCAGACUGGGGUACUCCUGGAAAAAGUACAGGGAGUUUGUAGCCAUGGACGGCAACUUUUCCACUGCGUAUGUGUACCAGAAACCGGUGGUCGUUGUACCUGGAUUGAACCACGGACACAUCGCGUCCGGACCGAUGCCUUCAAACGUGCUGAACAUGGACCUUCCCGCCGAGAUGACCAUGGAGCAGGCGCACAGGCUGAUAGCCAACUCUUCCGUCAACUUCAUGGUGGCCAACAGUCCCAACAACACAGCGGCCAUGCAGGCGGCAGCGGUUAAACACCUGCGGACUCAGAUGAAUGUCACGGGAAGGAUUCUGGCCCCUUUCGACAUCGUCUCCGCUCUCGACUAUGACGGUAAGACCUCGCCCUGGGUCACCACAGCCCAGCAGAGCAUCAUCGGAGCUCCGGCAGCGUUACAGAGCAAGCUCACGGUCAAGACCAAAGUCGUCGACAACAUCCUACAACUGGGAGACAACAAACCCAAAGUAGAGAAGGAAGGAGACAUGGUGACUGUACAGACCUACACGAAGCUGGACUAUCCGCUGAACCCCAUCGACAACUCGGAGCCGUACGUGUCCACAAACAUGCUGUCCACUAAGAUGAAGAGGCAGUCAGCGGUAGUGCAGGAGCUGGGUCCGGGAGACUACAACAGUCCAAUCACGUGUAAGGACUUGAACCAGAUGGCUUUCCAGAUUGCUUCCACCGCAGCGUCCAACACCGCCAUGACCAGGUACCAGCAGAAGGGUCACCACCUGACGUUCGCGGAUGACGAGAUGAAGAGUACGGGGUCAGGCUGGCUGUCAGGAGGGCUCACGUUUGAGGACCAGGGGGAUGGAACAGUUAAGGUGACGAGCCCGGCCCUGGUGACGGGUCUGGACGCGUGGUUCGGGUUUGACGGGAUGCACUACUGUAAGCUGCUGUCUCCGUUCCGCGCGCUGGAGUACAUCUACACGGACAGUCUGCGUCAUGUGUCAUAAAUAUGACUUCCUUCACACCCAAUCACUUACACUGUAAGGCCACACCAAUUUAAUUUGUUGGUUCUCGGAUUCGUCUCUUCAUUU